GCAGCCAACCCCCGGUCCUUCGCCUCCUGCGCAUCCCUCGUGAGAAAUUCCUUCUCCUUCCACCUCGACCCGCGGGAGGCGGCGAUGGAGCACGGUUCGGUCACGGAUUCGACCUCGUCGACCUUCUCCAUUAUGGAGGAGGAUCACACCCUCGCCAACUCCGUCAGAUUUGUCCUCAACCAGGACCCAAGGGUGGCAUUUUGUGGAUAUAGCAUCCCUCAUCCUGCUGACAAGAAGGUCAACAUAAGAGUUCAGACUACAGGAGAUCCAGCAAAGGAUGUAAUGAAAGAUGCUUUACAGGACUUGAUGGUGAUGGGGCAGCAUGUUAGAGGGACUUUUGACAGAGCAGUGGCUGAUUUUAAAUCAAACAUGCCAGCAGAACAAAUGGAUGUUGAUUCGAACCAGCAAUGAAGUUUUGCGGCACCCCCUAUUCAUCAGGAUCAAGACGAUGUGUAACCAGCUUAUCAUCAGAAGGCGGAUCAACUGUGAUUUCUGCCAUUUAAGGUGUCUAUCUACGAGCGAUGUGUGGACAUUGGUUUUAAAGCUGUGAUUUGUCCAUGUACUGUUACUGAUUUUGUUAGCUGAACACUGAAAUGUUGCAGUUUGUUAUGAAUUUAUAAUGAGCUGGAUUUCGGCUGGGAUUGAGAGAGUAGUCGCACUAAAAUGCUGUAUUGUUGGAUUCCAGAACCGACAGAUGGUACAAUUUGUGGUUCCAGUCCUUAGGAAA